UGUAGAUACAUAUAUCUAUGUCAAAUCUGUGUGAGUGCUUUAUCUUCUGAGCCAUCUUGCUGGUCCUGGUAAUGCUUCUUGAUGUUUUAUUUGUGUGUGUGUGUGUGUGUGUGUCUGUGUCUGUGUCUGUGUGUACAUGCGUAUGCACCAUAUGUAAUCCCAAAUGGCCUUACAAUAUGAAUGUAUGGUUCAAGCAAGCUUUGAGCUCUCAAUUCUCCUGCCUUAGCUCCCUGGGGGUUGGGAUUUCAGGCGUGUGCUACCAUGUGGCAGUGUACUUUGAUGCACUAUGUCAUAUCCAAGCUACAGUUAGCAGCCACAGUACCAAAGCUCCUGGAAGGUCCUCCAUGAUGUCCAGUGUAGCUCUGCCAGCAAACAGAAAACAAAAAGCAAGCACCACCCUCUCUCCCCAGCUGUCCCUUCAGGCUCCUCGAGGCCUCCACUGUAGUGCAGUCACACGCAAGGAUGACGUGUGGUUGGUUCCUCGACCCUCCGAGCCCCAAAAGAAACCCAUCAAGGUUCCAGCAAUGCAUGAAGACCUGUUCAGGCCAUCAGGAAACGGGGAGCAGGACAAGGCAAGCUUCCUGAAUGCAGUGCGCAGCUUUGGGGAGCACAAUGUGCGCAAGCGCGGCCACGUGGACUUCAUCUACCUAGCACUUCGCAAGAUGCCAGAGUUUGGUGUGGAGCGGGACUUGUCAGUAUACAACCUGCUGCUGGACAUUUUCCCCAAGGAGGUCUUCCGGCCCCGCAACGCUAUCCAGCGCAUCUUUGUCCACUACCCACGGCAGCAGGAGUGUGGAGUCGCUGUCCUGGAGCAGAUGGAACGACACGGCUGUGCCUCCAAAACAGGAGUUAUGCCCAACACAGAGACUGAGUUCCUGCUGAUCCAGGUGUUCGGGCGCAAAAGUUACCCCAUGCUCAAGUUCCUGCGGAUGAAGCUGUGGUUCACCCGCUUCAAGAAUAUCAACCCCUACCCAGUGCCCCGAGAUCUUCCCCAGGACCCUUUGGACCUGGCCAAACUAGGCCUGCGACACAUGGAGCCUGAUCUCAGUGCUAAAGUCACUGUCUACCAGAUGUCUUUGCCCAGUGACUCGACAGGCAUUGAAGAUCCCACACAGCCUCACAUUGUAGGAAUCCAGAGUCCAGAUCAGCAAGCUGCCCUGGCCCGACACAACCCAUCCAGGCCUGUUUUUGUUGAGGGCCCCUUCCCUCUCUGGCUUCGUAAUAAGUGUGUCUAUUAUCACAUCCUAAGAGCUGACCUGCCACCCCCUGAGGAAGAGACAGUAGAGGAGAUCCCAGAAGAAUGGAACCUGUACUACCCAAUGCAGCUGGACCUGGAAUAUUCAAGGAGUGCUUGGGACAACUAUGAAUUUGACGUGGAUGAAGUGACAGAAGGCCCCGUCUUCGCCAUGUGCAUGACUGGUGCCCAUGAUCAGGCAACGUUGGUCAAGUGGAUCCAAGGCUUGCAGGAGACCAACCCAAUGCUGGCACAGAUCCCAGUGGUAUUCCGCCUGGCCAGGUCCACAGGAGAGCUCCUGGCAACCACAAGGCUGGAGGGACAGUCCCCUCCCCACAGCCCUCCCAAGGGUCCCGAGGAAGAUGAUGAGGCCAUUCAGGCACAGCAGCGGCAAGGUCAAAGCUGAGUCAGAGCUGGCAUGAGGAGAAAAGACUGGACUGGUAUGAAAUAUUAUGGAGAAAAUAAAAAAGUCAAAACCUC